AAAAACUUUAAGAAUUAUUGAAAAGAAGAAAGUUGAUUGUACAUUAAAGUAUAGUUUCUUAUUAUUGGAGUGGAGAUUUUCUCUUAGUCACAAAUUUUUAAUUUAAAAAAUCAUUAUGGAUUUGAAUCUCAGAGUGUUGAUUGAGCCUCGAGGAUUUAUUAGAAUUAUUCAGCUGGUAAUGGCUAUUUUUGCAUUUGCGACUACAGCAGGUUUCGAGGCUGUUGCCACCAUGGAAAUAAAGUGCAAGGAUUAUGAAAAAGAUGUGCAGUAUAAGUUCGGAUAUCCAUUUAAAAUGGAAAAAUCAGAGCUUCGUAUUCCCGAAAAGUGUGGCAACCUUUCUAAUGUUGCUUUUAAAACAUAUUCAUGGCCAUUUAAUUUCUCGAGCAAUGCUGAGUUCUACGUUGCGGCUGGGAUCCUGACUCUCAUGUACACAGCUGGAAUCAUCUUUGUCUAUGUUUUCAUGCAUCGUUUGUAUUCUACCAAUCCCAUGACAGCUGUGGUGGAUUUGCUGGCUUCAGGAGUUCUCUCAAUUUUCUGGUUUGCCGGCUCUUGCGCCUGGGCCCAAGGUGUUUCGGAUGUGAAGUACUAUACAAAUCCUUCGAACCUAUUCCAGGAUAUUGAUGUCUGCAAGGAAGAUGUUCAGGUGUGCCGUACGGUGAAUGCUGGAAAUUUCGCCUCCCUAAACGUCUCUCUGAUUUUUGGCUUUGCCAACUGCAUGCUCUGGAUUUCAAGUUUGUGGUUUGUCUACAAGGAGACAAGUUUCCAUACACAGAUACAACCCCCCGCCAUGAUUCCACAAAUGGGCCAACAGCAAGCUCCUCCAAUGCAAGAUCAAGAUCUUGGCAACAAGAUGGGAGGACAGUAUGAGUAUUGA